UAAAUACAGCAACAGCAUGCUGAGUUCAAGCAGACAAUCUGAAGACACCUCAGGCAGUCAACUAAUUUCUACUUUAAAGCUCGACGUGUAGUUUUAAACUCAGGAUCACGUCUCGUUUCAAGAUGCGUCCAUUGUUCCUUCUGUUCCUGGGUGCUGCUCUGUGCUAUGCCAAUACUGACAGCAACCAGCCGAAAAUUGAGUCCCUCAUGGAUAAUGUUCUGGUCCUGAAGGUGCCUUAUGGUAGGGGCAGGGUGUAUGUUAAUCUGACCUGUGGAGAAGCUUAUCAAAACCAGCCUGUGUUUUGGAAGGAAAACGGCGUGGAGCUUAAACCAGCUCUACAGGGGAACCACGUCAAAGUCCUGGUGGUGGAGUUGAGAGGAGGAAACUAUAGUUGUCACCAGAGCCCAGAUGGACGGUACCUCAACCACACCACGAUCCUGGUCCAACCAGAACGAGACAACAGGAGUAUCAUACUGCAGGAAACAUCCCCCGAAGGAGGUCACAUCCACUGUUCAGCUCCUAACUAUAAAGGCUCCUUUCACUGCACCUGGACAAGAUCAACUGACAGACCCAUGGCCGCUGUGCUCCUGGUGACGGCUGAGCGUCAUCUGGAAAAGAUUCCCUGUGUGCUGGAUGCUGAUGGAUCAGGAGUCCACUGCAAUGGCACGAGCUGCCAUAACAAUGAGGAACAGCACAGCAUUUCCCUGACUGUUUACAUACGCAGUUAUUCUCUCCUAGAGAAAUACACCAAGAGCUUUUUCCUGAGAGACAUCGUGAGGCCGGCAAACCUCCCCAACCUGCGCACCAGUGACAUGAAGGUGUUCAGCUGGGACUAUCCAGAGACCUGGGAUAAGCCCUGCACAUUCUUUCCCCUGCAGUUCCAGGUUAAGGUGGUCCCCAGGGGUCAUGACUGCAACAGCAUGGAGCACUUAAUGAACACAACCACUCUGCAGACUCAGCACGAGAUCAGUGUCAAAAUCAAGAAGUUUGUUUUCUGUGUGAAAGCUCAGGACAUGUUCACCAACGGGCCAUUCAACCAAUGGAGCAGCUGCACAGUGAACAAACAUGAAGUGAAGUGCUCUUCUGAUACUGGACUGCAGCCAUAAGGAAAGAAGAGAACAACAAUGUUUUCUGGAAGUCCUCUUUUUAAACUUUUCAAAAUAUUUAGAAAUCAAAGCUGGGCUUUGGCAGUGAACGUGUACAUGUACAGUAUUUAUUGAUCAUUCAUAAUGUUGUAAUUGGAACUAAAUUAUCAAUAAAGCAAAUAUUUGUAAUAUCA